UUCCGGGGCGGCGUCGUGAAGUUGUUGAGGAGAGCGGAAGGAGGACGCGGCUGUUGGUGCUGCUGCUGCUGCGAUGUCUCCCAGCGCGGAAGGCGGGCGAGAAGGGAGCCUGGGCCGCGGGGUCCGCAAAGGCAUCCGCGCGGUGCUGCUAGGCCCGCCGGGGGCCGGGAAGGGCACUCAGGCUCCUCGGCUUGCCGAAACCUAUUGCGUGUGUCACUUGGCAACGGGGGACAUGCUGAGGGCCAUGGUGGCUUCCGGCUCAGAGCUGGGGAAGAGACUGAAGGAGACCAUGGAUGCUGGCAAGUUGGUGAGCGAUGAAAUGGUGGUGGAGCUGAUUGAGAAAAACUUGGAAACUCCCCCUUGCAAAAAUGGCUUCCUUUUGGACGGGUUCCCACGCACCGUGCGGCAAGCGGAGAUGCUGGAUGAUCUCAUGGAGAAGAGACAAGAGAAGCUAGAUUCGGUCAUAGAGUUCAAGGUUGAUGAUUCCCUACUGAUCCGGAGGAUUACUGGACGGCUGAUCCACCCAGCAAGCGGCCGCUCGUACCACGAGGAGUUCAACCCUCCCAAGGUCCCCUUGAAAGAUGAUGUCACUGGGGAGCCCUUGAUUCGCCGCUCGGAUGACAAUGAAACUGCCUUGAAGACUCGCCUGAAAUCCUACCACACUCAGACCUUGCCGCUGAUUGACUACUACUCGAAACGUGGGAUCCAUAGAGCCAUUGAUGCGUCCCAGUCCCCAGACGUGGUUUUCGCCAGCAUCCUAGCCGCUUUCUCUAACGCGACAUGUAAAGACCUGGUUAUGUUUGUUUAGGGACCCUUCUGCUGUUGCCUAAGAGCUUCCUUCUCUUCUUCUGUCUUCCGGGGUCAGGGAAUGAGAGAGAGAGCGAGAGCUGUAGGGUGGGGGGGUUGCAAAGCAGCUAGAGAGGACUCUGUUCAAACUGUCCAUCAAAAAGGAUUGUGACUGCUUUUAAAUGUGUUUAUUAUGUGCAUAGAGAGAGAGAGAGAGAAGUAUUUUUCGAACAGGCUUGUCCUGUAGGGGGUGCAGCAGGAUACAAAUUCCAUUUCCUGAGCAUAGAAAAAGGAUGAUCUGUGCUCCAGCAGAAGCGAAAGUAGUUUUGGUGCUUCCCCAGGGAGCUGUGGUUUCUGCCCUUCCGCCUACAUGUCUGGUGGCCCGGGUGAAAUGUUUCUGGCGGUGCUGAAGGUCAAGAACGAGCAAGGGCGGCAGGAAACAGAGCUGCUGGCUGGCUUGGCUCUUCAUGUCCCUGGCGGUGCCUCUGAAGGACAUCCAAGCCCAUGUCAGUUCAAGAGAGGGUUUGCCAAAGCACAGGCCUCUGCACUUCUGUGAAGAAAGAAUUAAACGUUUCUGGGCACAUGCAUGUAUCCUGUUUUGCCCUCGUCAAGUGAAAUCAUAACAAGCAAUGCAUCUGUUCCAGACUUCCACAGCCACCCAGCUGGGAACAUGGCGAGUCAGCACAGAAUUCAGAAUCUCUUGUUUCGAUUCCCUUUGGGGUUUUUUCCCCCCUUUCAAAAUGAGAAAAGUUUCCCAUUGUCCGAAUGCUUUAGGAUCUUCAUCACUCUUGCAAGUAACAUUGGGUGAAGGAGCACUAGCAGAACUUGUCAUGGCAUGGGCCUGGCGCGCGUGACCCACACUAACGGGACUGUUAAGGCAAGGCAGAGGGCUUUAAUUUCAUGGCAUAUUUCUGGCUGGGAUGCUGGUCAGGAGGGCUUGCAGCUGAGUGUCCACUUCCGAUCUGUCCCAUGUUUUACAAAGGACCACCUUCCAGACCACCCGGAUGUCCCGGGGUCACCAUUAAAAGUGGCCAUGGGUCUCACACAGUCGUCCAGCCUUCUUCCUUAGGGCGGUAAAGUACAGAAUGCCUAUAGUGGGAGUGUUGCGUAAGCAUGUAUCUGUCCAUCCACCUUAUGUCUUUCUCUCAUUCCUUCCCUUUGCUUCUUUUCGCUCAUUUCUUCUUGCAUUCAUCUUUAAUUUCUCUCCCCCCUUUUCUUUUUGCCUGUGGCACUCUUCUUUUGAAGAACUCUGAAUCAGAUGAAAGAAUCUCAGGGUGCAAGCAUUGCUCCACGGUGGAGCCUGUGCCAGUUGAGUGGGCUGGGAUAUCCGUGAGCAAUUUGGAAUUUUAAAAAAGAAAGAGGUGGGAAUCUCAGUUUGGGCCAGAAAUGUGUGGUUUAGUAGAAGAGGCUUGCUCAUUUUUCCUGGCAACCAUCUCUGAAUUU